AUACAGUACCGCAAGAAAUCGCUGCUGAUCCACCCGGACAAGACCAAGAACCCCGCGGCUCCCGAUGCGUUUGACCGGCUGAAAAAGGCGCAGACGACGCUGAUGGACGAGAAGGCGCGGGAGCAGCUCGACGAGAGCAUUGCGGACGCGCGGCGGCUGCUGAUCCGGGAGCACAAAUACACGCUGGACUCGCCGGAGCUCAAGACGGAGGAGUUCAAGAAGGAGUGGCGGCAGAAGACGGUGCAGGUGCUGAUGGAGGAAGAGGCCCGGCGGCGGCGGCAGAUCAAGGCCAAGAUGCAGGAGGAAGGCCGGGAGCAGCGCAAGGAAGAGGAGGAGCUGGAGGCGCGCAAGCGCAAGCGAGACCAGGACAAGGCGUGGGAGGACACGCGCGAGGAGCGGAUCGAGAGCUGGCGGGACUGGAAGAAGGGGGUCAAGAAGAGCGACGACAAGAAGAAAAAGAAGAAGACAAAGGCAGUAACCCAUGAUUCCUCAGGCAUCCACUCCCUCUUCCCUCUAAUCUUCCUUAUCAGAAAUCCUCCUGUCAUGACCGCCAACACCGCCCCGGAUCGUCAAGCGGACGACCGACCCACGAUCGAACAGCAACCCCAACCAGAGCCUUUCUCGGAAGAAGCAACGCAAAAGGUGGAAUCAAGGACAUUAAGGAAUUCAGCAGACUGGACAGGGACCACAGAGGCAACAGUUGCACCGCCGGCGACCCUCGCCGAGGUGGUCGCCUCCCUCCACCACCGGGUGCAUGCGUUCCUCGCCGAAGACCAUCCGGCAGACUCGCUCCUGGCGCACGUCCAGAAACAAACUCGGAUCUCGCUCGACGUCGUGGCCUCUGCUCUGCUCCGCUACCGUCUUUCAGAGCUCUCUCUCUCUUACAACGGUGGGAAGGACUGUCUCGUUCUACUCAUCCUCUUCCUCGCCGGCCUCCACCCACUCUCCAGCCACAGCAGCAGCAGCAGCAGCAGCAGCAGCAGCAGCAACAAUAACAACAACAACGACAACAACACCAACGACGACAAAAGCAUCACCUCCAUCCCAGCCAUCUACGCCCUCCCCCCAGAUCCUUUCCCCGCCGUCGAGGAGUUUGUCCUCGCCUCCUCGCAAAGCUAUCACCUAGAUGUCACCCGCUACACCACCGACCCGCCUCGUACCACCCUCCGGUCCUCCUUCGAGAAUUACCUCGCCCGCAACCCUUCCAUCCGCGCCAUCUUCGUCGGCACCCGUCGUACAGACCCGCACGGCGCCUCCCUCACCCACUUCGACCGCACAGAUCACGGCUGGCCUGACUUUGUCCGCAUCCAUCCCGUCAUCGACUGGCACUACGCCGAGAUCUGGGCCUUUAUCCGCCAUCUCCGCGUAGACUACUGCCCCCUCUACGACCAGGGUUACACCUCCCUCGGCGGCACCACAGACACCGACCCGAAUCCUAGACUGCGUCUCAAUCAUGAUCGGUACAGACCUGCCUAUGACCUCACGGAAGACUUGGAGGAACGCUUAGGCCGCAAUUAG